AUGUCAACUCCCGCAAAAAGAUCUAAUGAUUCUGAAGAAUAUGCUGAAUCCGAAGAAAAAAAAACCAAAGUUCGAAAAAUAACAACUGCCAUGGAUUUUUUUGCUUCCUCGCGAGCGCGAUUCUCAAUAAAUAAAUCAAAGCCUCAUCGUAAUAAAAUUAAUAAAAAAAAGAAAGCGAAAACUAACGAUGCUACUGUAAGGUCUCGUGAUCCCGAAUUUUUCUUCGAUGUAAACCAUUGGAAAAUAAUAGAAAUCAAGGAACUAAGAAAUCUUAUUUUGCAUAUACUUACUGAAGAGGAUAGAUGCCCACAAUGGCUUUAUAUUGAGAACAUGCAAAACAUUAAAAAAGUCGUUUUUCUUAUGAUACCCGGCCUUGAUCCAAGUUUAUUUGGAAUAACAGCAAAUGAUGCCGUGAAAGCAGAAAGACCGUUGGAUUGGGAAAUACUUCAAGAGAAAGGUCUUUUUGGUGAUCCUGAUUUGAAUCUCCUUGAAUUCCUGCCUAUAUUUCCACAAAUAUUUUCACACGGUUGUAUUACUCGAGCUCCUGGUGAUGCAAAAAAAAUAUAUAACCCAAUGGGAUGUCUUUUUAAUUGUUUUUUAUCUGAUGCUCAAAAAGAGUCAAUAAUUCCAAAAAAAAAUCCUGAUGAUAUUCAUGAGCGGAUCCAUUUAUGUUUACUAACUCCUGAGGAGAUGGUUCAUAAUAAUUACCCUUUACCAACUUGUAUGGAAAAAGACCAUGUAUUACCCGAUGGUUGGGUUGAAGUACCUAUGAGUUCAACUGCUAUUUGGACAAAUGUCAAUGAACUCUCUAGAAAGAAAUUCAGAGUUCUUUCUGUCGAUUGCGAGAUGUGUUUAUCGAAUGCUCUAUAUGUUUUAACUCGUGUGUCUAUUGUUGACAUUGAUUGUAAUAUUGUCUAUGAUGAAUUAGUCAUGCCGGAAGAACCAAUUACCGAUUAUUUGACCUCAUACAGUGGAAUAACUGAAGAAAGAUUGAAGGGCGUAACAACUACUAUAAAAGAUGUACAAAAACGUUUGUUAGAACUAGUGGAGUGUGAUACUGUUUUAGUAGGUCAUUCAUUGGAAUGUGAUUUGAAAGCGUUAAAGUUUGCGCACCCAUAUGUAAUCGACACUUCAAUUCUUUAUACAAACCCUGGAGGCGUAUUUAAUAAGUCAAGUUUGAAAAUGCUAGCAUAUCAAUGGCUUAAUCGUUCCAUUCAGGUUGGAGGAAUAAUUGCCGGGCAUGAUUCUGUUGAGGAUGCAAAGGCAACUAUGGAUCUUGUAAAGUUAAAAUUGAACGACGGACUAGAUUUUGAUAAGUCAUAUGAAAGUAUAAUACAACGUCUUGAAAGAUAUAAUAAGACUUCUGCGUUUAUUGAUUACAGUGGUAAAGUUCAAUUAUUAGGUGCUGAUCUAGAAGACUUACCUGAGCACAUAGAAGAUAGAUUAACAACAUUAAAGCGAUUCAAUGAAAGAAUUGCAAAUAUUUACUCUAAAUUACCGUCGUUUACAGCAUUUAUCGUAUCAAGUUGUUCAGGUGAUACACGUGAAUGGAAAAGAUUGUCUAAGAAAAAAUUGAACGAUGGUAUAAAUUGGACCGUACAAGAUCAAGAAAUUUAUGAAGAACAACUUCUCAAGGGCAAAUUGGGAUUGACUUUCUUUAGAAUCAAGUCUGAUACUAAAACAUAA